AUCGCGGCCGGAAUUUGGCGCGGGUCGUUUGCGCCGAAUUCGUGGGCAGCGAUUGAGACUGUGAGAAAGACGGAGGGGAGAGGAUGGAUCUCAUUUUUUAAAUCUUGCAGUUAUGAUCACGGGUUCUGUGAGCGUUGAGAAGGCUAUCAAUCUUUGGCCGAGUACACAUUAGCUUGGCAUUUGCGGGGAACUUGCUCUUCAGCGUUUCGGAUCGGAAUGCAUUGUGGAUGGGAAGAUUAGACGAGACGUAGAUGAGCGCAGGAACGACGUAGCCCAAUGUCAUCAAUGGAACCGGAUGUAUCGCUGUCUGAUAGUUCGAACUGGUUGCGAGUGGAGACGGGAGCUUGUGGCGCAAGUAGCUAGUUGUAGUCGUCACGGCCAUCUAUAUGCAGUAUCCUGAGGAGCGAGUGUUUGAAUGUUGAGUCAGUGUGAAUCACACACAAGUCCUUAUGGGGUAGCAAUCAGCGUCAGAACUGCAUCCUGAAGGUGUGACUCUAGUGUUACAAUGGCGGAUUCGUUUGUGUUAUUGCGCGACUUGGGAGAUCAGAUUGCUAACAAAGGCGAUGGAACUGGCAGUCGGCCUCUUGACAAUGAUGCUGUGGAGUCUCGCUUUCGCUCUGUGCUUCCCAAUCUACUGGAAGGCUAUUUGGUUCCUUCGAAAGUUAAGGAACGAGAGCUGAUGGCUAUUUUGAAGCUCCUAUGCCACACAGUCAAAAACUAUCCAGGAGUGUUCUAUUGUGGAAAGGGCCAUGCAGUGUUACCAAUCUUAGGUCGCAUUAUUCCUCUCUUUGCCGAACCUGAACUGAGCGCACGACACGACAAUCUUUUUGAUACUUUGUACUCUCUUGUCGCGCUACUGAAAUCCGGCGAGUGGGAGGCCUAUCGACAAAUUUUUAUUGGCGCCAUGCUCCUUGUUGAAGAUGUCCUAUCUGUUGCGUCCUUUUACUCAUCUCCAGCAAGCAUCACUGUCUGCACUACCAUCUCUUUACAAUGUUACAUGGGGGCAUACUCUACGAUACAUGCGAUCUCAGCAGAGGAAUUGCCACCACCACUGUGUGGUCUUCCUUCGUGCUGGACUCCUCCUCACGGGCCUGGACUGUUGGUUGACGUGACCGGAACAGCGCGGUGGCAGCCUUUAGCCAAAUGGACUCUAAAGCUGCUGACACGCUGCGUAGCCGAGAGUGCGCUGCAUGUUGAGGGGCUUCUGACUUCCUCUCUCUUGACUGCUGUUGGGGCCUUGUUAAGUUAUGGUGACAGCAAUUUACAGAAGGCCUGUUUUGACUUGGUACGUGCAGCAACAGUAGUAAUGGAUGCAGAUGCUAUUCCCAGCGAGAGACUUAUCCUUUCAUUGCUCUCUAUUCUGUCAUUUAGUAAUGGCCAGCUUCCACCAUUUAGAACUGCGGCUUAUGAUGCAAGCUUGAGCGCGUGUCUUGUUUCUUUGUAUACCGCGAGCCACAGUGGGACCGUCGAAUGUACAGCCCAAAUAUUACUUGACAUUUUGCCGCAGACCAUCGAGCAUUCUCUCAGUCUGGAGCUGAAAGUGGCUUUGUGUGACAUCUUUGCCAUGAUCAUGAAACAUUGCCCUUCGUACGCGGAGCAUGUGAUAGCCCUUCUUCCGUUGGCUUACAUUCCUGAAAUUGUUCAUUCCGUCAGCUAUUGUAUACAACUUGCUCUUGCGACUCUUGAUACUAGAAUUAUUACAGGUAAAAUAUUAAAUUUAGAGGGUGCAGCUUGGGUUGUUAAUUCCUCAGAGGCCAAGCCAGGAGGAUCAAAUGCACUCAACAAACAGGUCGAUCCUCUGCCACCAGCACAUCAUCUUCCUGAAUUGGACUGUCCAGACAAUGCUGGCAGCAACAAGGAGUUUGAAAGUACUUACAGGAAAAGGCGAAAGUUAAGUGACACCGGAAUAGCUCAAAAAACUGGUAACAUACAUUUGGAGACUUCUGAAGCAGUUGAUCCUGAAGAACAUGAAGUGGCUCGAGGUGGACAUAUUCCAUUGAUUGAUGUGCUUAACACAAGGCUACUGAUCGAGCAAGGAAAUUUCUUUUCAGCAGAUUUCAUCCAUAAAAAGUUAUUGCAGAUGAUGGAUACAAUUGACCCGAAAUAUGAUGCUAUUUCAGGGGAUACCACUGUAGAAAGCAGACUGUCAGCCCUUCAUGUGCUGGUUAGGGUGCUUAGAAAAUACCCUGCCGAAGUUUGUAAUCAACGGUUGAUCCGGCUUUUCUUCGAUUGGGUGUCUUGGAUUCUGAAGAAGAACCAAGAAGAAACAUUGGCAAAAGCACAACUUUCCAUGUUCCUCGAAGCUCUGGAUCUCAUGUUGGAUAGACAGCCUGAAAGUGAUACAAUUGGCCAAGAUUGUGAAAAAGUCGUGAAAAUCGUUCAUCUGGAGAUGCUCAGAGACAAUCCUGCAUAUGAUGAAGGCUCCUUUCUUGAGAUCUUGAAGCUACCAUGGGUUUCAUCAGAGCUCGGUGAAGAUGAAACGCUGAAGACUAAAGCUGUGGGUCUAGCUUCCAAGAUGAUUAAUGACAGCGAAGGCGACUCAUUUCAUGUGAUCGUUGAAUCUGCAUUGAAGGAUGAUAAUUGCAAUGUGCAGGCAACUGCAGUUUUAUUUAUACCUGCCUUCGCGCAACAUUCAAAUCCUUCAAAAUUACAGUAUUACUGUGUUGAACUACUGUCUUUGGCUCAGCAGAGCUCUGUUCAAGUUCGAGAGGCAGUGGCUCAGACUGUAGGUAUUAUGGCUUGUAUUUAUAGUCAAUGCUACUUGAAAAGCACAGAAGUUGACCAAUCACUUCAAGAAUUCGAUGGGUUUGUGUGUGCUGAAUGUAACAAAGGGAAGUCUCAUUCAAAAACAAGCAUCCUUAGCAAAGAAGAGGGUAGUAGCAAUGAGAUAAUAAAGCCAGCCCUUUUAGUUCUUUGGCAACCCCUUUUAUCGAAACUUUCACUGGAAGAAGUAUCCGAACGUGUUCAGGUGGCUUUUAUUAGCAGCAUGGGUCGUCUCUUACAACAUGCAUCGGCUGAAGAACUUAACGCUACAGGAUCAUUCUGGCUUGAAUGCCUUGAUAUUUUCCCGCGUCAUGAACAAAAAAUUGUCCGGGAAGCCUUUUGCCGUCAGGUCCAUCACUUCUUCUCUAAACAUGUUUUGCAGUGUUUGAUAAACAGUGACGAUAGAGCUGUCAGUGAUUCAGAACGAGAACUUGAAAUGCUAGGUAAGCUUCGAGAUGCGCUAGCGACGGCUAAUGAUUCUGAAACGACUCAAUCCUUAUUAGAGACUGUUGCGGAGGUUGCUAAAGCUUCUCGCGGGAGACGGCAGCUUCUAUUUUUUUCCCUGGUAUUGCUGCUAGAAAGACUGGAUCAUGAAGAAGUUUCUAUGCGUGUGAAGAGCAUUUGCUUGAUACAACAAAUUGCUUCAAGUGGAUUCUCAACAGCAAGUGGCAAUUCACCGCAGGCAAUGGUAGACACCGUACGUGAGGAGCUUUUUGAGUAUUUAGUGAGCAGGCUUGUUGCUCGUCUUGACAUGGUUCAAGAAUUUUCUAAAUCUGUGAUGGAGAUUGAACUGAAGGAGCUUUUAACACAAAUGGUCCCAGUGGUUCUUCCCAAGCUUGUGCUGGAUACAGCACAAGAUCAGCAUCACAGUCAACAGGCAUUAGAUACUUUACAUGGGUUGGCCGUCCAAUUGGAGACCGAAUUGGCAGUCCUCCUUAUCGAUUGGUGUCACCGGAUAUUGUCAGUUCUUCUACUUCGUGCUGAUGGAGAAGAACUUUCUGCGGCCCUUCAGUUUAUUGAGGCGCAAACUGAUCUCCACCCACGUGAGAUUUUUUCCGAGCCAGCUGUUUUACCAGCUCUUCUUGAUGAGUUGGUUCGGUUCUUAGGUGAUGUUGACGAUGAUGAUGGACUUCGGAGGUCGGCAAGAGUUGUGCCCAUGAUCCAAGAAGUAGCUAGCAUAGUGACUGGAUCUGAAGAUCUACCAAACUUCUUAAGGCCGUAUUUUGUGCGCCUUUUGAAUACCAUCAAUCAAAAGUUACUACGAUCUGCAGAUAUUGCCUGUCAAAUUAAAGGUCUACGAUGUAUUGUCCGCCUUGUGGACAUGAUUGGCCCACACCUAUGUGGUUUUGUGCCGAAGAUCAUGGCCUUGCUCACUCAGACUCUUCACGAACCACUUCUGCAAGAGGAGGGACUGCGGGUGUGGUUGUCCUUUGUCCGGACCCUCGCUCGGGUUUCCUCUACACACCUCAAGAAUGUCGCCUGUCAGAUUGUGGUUUCGUUGACACCAUGUCUCGAGGGUCAACCAGCUCCACAUCUGAACGCAGUUGUGGAGAUAUUGGAAGAGCUCGUAAUAAAGAACCGACGGCUGCUGGAGGGUCAAGCAAGAGAGCUUCCCCUACUCCCUAGUAUUCCGGCACUAGAGAGAAUCAACGCAGUUCUUCAUGAAGCUCGUGGGUUAUUGAGUCUUCGUGAUCAGCUCAAACAAGCCACAGAAGGAUUACGGCAUGAAAGUUUGAGUGUUCGGUACAUGACAGCUAGCGAACUUAACGUGGUGCUUUGUUCUCAUCGGAAGGAAAUUGCUUCAAUGAUGAUUGGAGAAGAUUCCUUGGAUGCUGAUGUUAUAAGCCGUCUAGUUACAGCAAUAAUGCGAGGCUGUGUAGAGGAGUCUCGCACAGCUAUUAGCCAGAAGUUGAGGAUGGCAUGCGCGCUGUGUUUAGGAGAGCUUGGAGCAGUUGAUCCUGUUAAGCUUCAGGUAGACCUUCGUCGAAGAUCGCGAAUUGAGCGUACAGACGAGGAUCUGGUUUUAGAACUGAUCAACGAGCAUUUGGCCCCAGUGCUCCGUGCUGCGUCAGAGACUUUAAUUCAAGACAAUGCUGCUAUUGCUAUACAGGAAUUGCUGAAGCUUCACGGCUGUCAAGCUGCUCUUUCUGCACGUCGAUCAGUGGCAGGAAGUAGGACUCCCCUUUCAAGGUCGGGAAAAUCGAACACUCCAACCUUGAGUGAAUUUGGUGAAGCAACUUCUGUGACGAUCGAGAGCGGCGAGAGGCUCUGGCAGAGGUUUCCAGAUGACGUGAAGGAGAUCAUCACGCCAUGUUUGACAUCUAAGUUUCGCCUCAAGCCGAUAGAUCGAGGGGCCGUGCCGACAGAUCCUAUUUUCCAUCCUAAAAUGUUUUUCAGGCGAUGGAUGUAUCUCUGGAUGAAACGGUUGAUGUCCCAAGCUGAGGGAAGAAGAGCAGAAAUAUUUGCAGCGUGUAGAGGAGUUGUAAGAUUUGACAUGGGAACAGCCUUAUAUCUCUUACCAUACUUGGUCCUUAAUGUUGUUUGUGAUGGUUCGGCAGAAGCUAGAGCUGGUGUUACACAGGAGAUCUUGACUGUCCUGGCAACAGAUUCUACUCAAGUAGACGAGAUCGGCAAUCCUACUCGCAAUUUAUCUGGGCCAAGUGAAGUUAGUACUCAAACAGUGUUUACGUUGCUUGACAAUCUGGGCCAGUGGUUAGAUGACUGUAAACAAGGUGGUCUAAUUACACAAAGCGCUCCACCUGCCUCUACUACACCAAGCAAAGGAACCCGUGCAAGUGCUAAAGCGGAAGCACAACAAGAAACCAUUCGGAUAGCUCGCCGUUUGGAAAAUGUAUCGCAGCUGCUUGCUGCUAUCCCUAAACAAUCUCUAGCAGGCGCAUCGUUCCGUUGUCAGGCUUAUGCUCGUGCACUCCUCUACUUUGAAUCAUAUGUCCGGGAGAAGUCUGGUGCUUUGAAUCCUGCAGCGGAGAAAAGCGGUGAUUUCACAGAUAAAGACGUGACUUUUCUUCUAGAUAUAUAUAGCGGGUUGGAGGAACCAGAUGGACUUUCUGGGAUAUCUCGUCUGAGGAAGUGUGCCACUCUUCAGGACCAAAUACUUAUAAAUGAGAAGGCCGGUAAUUGGAGUGAGGCACUGACUUGUUGUGAGCAAGCUUUGCAGAUGGAACCUAGCAGUGUGACACGACAUUUGGGGGUUCUCGAUUGUCUUCUCAACAUGGGACACCUGCAGGCAAUGGUUACUCAUGUUGAUGGAUUGAAUUCAAGAAUGCCUGAUCACACUAAAGAGUGGAGUACUAAGGGCUUACAAGCGGCUUGGCGACUGGGCCAGUGGGACCUUUUAGAGGAAUAUGUUACAGGAGCCGAUGAAAAUAGUCCCACAAAUAUCUUAGGCAACUCCUCGUUUGAUAUUAGUCUUGCGAAAAUCUUACAGGCUCUUCAAAGGAGGGAUUAUGAUAAGUUUACAGAGCACUUACUGCACUCCAGACAAUCUCUUCUUGCACCUCUAGCAGCAGCAAGCAUGGAAUCUUACUCCCGGGCUUAUCCAUAUGUUGUGAAGUUACACAUGUUGCAGGAGCUAGAAGACUUUAGUGCACUUGUAGCUGCAAAUGUUGGAGGAAUGAAUAACACUGGUGAAGUUCAGAGGAAGCAUUCAUAUGUGAGGAUAGAAGAGUUGGUUGAAGACUGGGAGAGCCGCCUGAAGAUUACACAGCCUUCGCUAUGGAUCCGUGAGCCUAUAUUAGCAUUACGCAGGCUGGUGUUCAAUGAGAGUAACCUGCAAGAUGAAGUUGGUGUCUGCUGGCUCCACUACGCAAAAUUGUGCCGAGAGGCUGGUCACUAUGAAACAGCUAGUCGAGCUAUAUUGCAGGCACAAUCCGUAGGGGCUCCCAAUGCUCACAUGGAGAUGGCCAAGCUCCUCUGGGACACACAGAAAUGUCAUCGAGCAAUAGCCGAACUCCAGCAAGCUCUUUCCAAUCUCCCAACAGAGGUCCUAGGUGAGGCAACAGGUGCAGCACUUGGUGGUCUUUUAGUUACUCAAUCUGCUGUCCCCCAAGUAGGACCUGGUCUACCCAAGAGCUCGGUUCGGCCUCCCACGAGCAUCCAACUUCGUAGAGACAAAGAUCUCGACGUUGCAAAGAUCCUUCUUCUUUUGGCACGCUGGGUGCACCAUACAGGGCAAAAGCAAAAAAAAGAUGUCCUCAGCCUCUAUGCGCAAGUUCGUGGAUUGAAGCCCCAAUGGGAAAAAGGCUACUUCUCAGUUGCUAAGUACUAUGAUGACUUAUUGGUUGAUGCAAGAAGAAGGCAAGAAGAGAACCAAGAUGGAGCUGGUGAUUCUGUGUCGAAAGGCAAACAGAAGCGGCAUGCUCCAGCAGAUGAACCAUGGUGGUCAUAUCUUCCAGAUGCUCUACUUUUCUAUGCCAAAGGGCUGCAUAAAGGGCAUCGGUGUUUGUUUCAAGCCCUGCCUCGGUUGCUUACCCUUUGGUUUGAGUUUGGAACUCAUUUUCGAGGAGAUGCUUUGUCUACUAAGCAUGUUAAGACAGUAUUUGGAAGAACAAUGAGCAUAAUGCGGGGCUGUCUCAAAGACCUUCCAGCCUAUCAAUGGUUGACAGCACUAUCGCAAUUAGUAUCAAGAAUAUGUCAUCAGAACGAAAUACUAGUGCAGUUGGUCAAACAGAUAAUCAUCCAUGUUCUCCAGGUAUAUCCUCAACAAGCCCUGUGGACCAUGGCGGCAGUAUCAAAGUCUACAGUUGCGGCUAGACGUGAAGCAGCAGCUGAAAUAAUACAGCAGGCGAGGAAUGAUGUGCAGGCCAAGGAUAAACCUCUUUUCCAUCAGUUUGCGGCGCUUAUUGACCAGAUGAUCAAGUUGUCUUUCUAUCCCGGCCAGCCUAAGGCCAAGACAGUGAAUUUGCAAUCUGAGUUUAGUGCUCUGAAACGCAUGAUGCCCGUCGGUGUGAUCAUGCCUCUUCAGAAAGCUUUGACAGUUAGUCUUCCAGCCGAUGGAUUGUCAAAUGUGAAUUACAAUCCUUUUCCAGCUGGUGAUUAUCCUACCAUAUCGGGAAUCAUGGAUGAGGUCGAAAUCCUAGCCUCGCUGCAACGGCCUAAAAAGGUUGUUCUACUGGGGAGUGAUGGGACUGAGCAUCCAUUUUUAUGUAAGCCUAAAGAUGACUUGCGCAAGGAUGCCCGUAUGAUGGAGUUCACAACCAUGAUCAAUCGCCUACUUAGCAAGGAUCCAAAAAGCAGACGAAGAAAAUUGUAUGUGCGUACUUUUGCAGUCAUUCCCCUCACUGAAGAUUGUGGAAUGAUUGAAUGGGUGUUACAUACAAGAGGCUUGCGACACAUUCUGCAAGAUAUUUAUGUGGCAGCCGGGAAGUUUGAUCGACAGAGAACCAACUCUUAUAUAAAACGCUUGUAUGAUCAGCAAGGAGCUCAAGGAGAGGCAGAAGUAUUCAAAAACAAAGUAUUGCCCAUGUUUCCCCCAGUUUUCCACCGCUGGUUUCUCAACAUGUUUCCUGAGCCUGCAGCUUGGUUUCGAGCUCGUAUAGCUUAUGCGCACACAACAGCUGUCUGGUCCAUGGUGGGACACAUCGUUGGGCUUGGGGACCGACAUGGAGAAAACAUACUGUUCGAUUCAACUACUGGCGACUGUGUUCAUGUCGAUUUCAGUUGCCUUUUCGACAAAGGGCUCUCACUAGAAAAACCUGAGGUGGUGCCAUUUCGUCUCACCCAGAAUAUGGUCGAUGGGCUUGGUAUUACUGGGUAUGAAGGAGUGUUUCUGCGUGUUUGUGAGAUCACUCUAGGCAUAUUGAGGGCACACCGGGAAACGCUUGUUAGCGUUCUGGAGACUUUCAUACAUGACCCUCUUGUCGAAUGGACGAAGUCGCACAAGUCAAGUGGCAUUGAGGUACAAAAUCCACAUGCACAGCGUGCAAUUGCUAAUAUUGAGGCGCGAUUACAAGGAGUGGUAGUUGGUGUAGGGGCCGCACCUUCACUACCUCUGUCAGUUGAAGGCCAAGCCCAUCGUCUUAUUGCUGAAGCAGUCUCACAUAGCAAUCUUUCCAAAAUGUACAUAUGGUGGAUGGCAUGGUUUUAGUGUCCAACAUCGUAACCACAAAGAUGUGGUUUGGGGCACAAUACCAAUUCCUGUGUAACUCUCACGAUUUUUUUGACAACGCUAAUCGCAUAAAUUCUUUUAUUCAAACUUUACCUGAUUCCAUGCCUCUUUUACCGUGUAACUGGAAUUGGGAUUGAGGAAUAAACCAAGAUUCUUAUUUGCCUCUGCA